AAAUUAAAAAAGGGACUUUAGAAUCUUAGAAAGUUAUUUCAAAUGCCUGGCCUUAACUGACAUUAAAUUGACCAUAUUUGCCUUGAAGAAUGAUGUCAAAUGCCUGGAAUAAGUAAAGAAUAACUAACCUUAGUAAUUUUGAUAAGUGAAUUUAAGUGCCAACAACUGACCUUACCUCAUGAAUAAACUACCCCAAAUGCCUGGAAUAAUGAUUUCGUUCCUUAAGGAGUAAUAAUGCAAAGACACUGCCUGCAAAAAUUGAUAAAUUCAGAAAUAUUUAAUGUUUCCUCUUAAAAACAUAUGGAUGAGCCCACCCAAAAACCGAAAUGCUCCCUGGGGAUUUUAUGUGGGAAAACCAGUUUAUUCGUGCUCACGUUUGGUUACGCCCUGUUGGGCGCCAUUUUAUUUAAAUAUCUCGAGGGUGACGGCGAGAAGCAUCAGGUAACAGAUUUCCGGAGGAGUCGCGAAGAUUGUCUUAAGGAGUUAUGGAUAAUUACUGAACGACUGAACGUACUGUACGAGAAAAAUUGGACCGCAUUAGUAACGGAACAGCUAAAGAAAUUCGAGCGAUCCGUCGUGGAAAAUGCGGCGAAAAACGACGAUUUUCACAACGUUUCAGGCCAGAAAUGGACGUUUGGGGAAUCCCUGCUCUACACCGUCACCCUCUUAACCACAGUAGGUUAUGGGAAACUGUCUCCAAGAACAACACUGGGGAAACUGACGUCUUUAUUUUACGCUUUAGUGGGAGUUCCGUUAACGUUAAUCUUCUUAUCGGAACUGGGACAUUUCUUGGCCAAAGCGGUACGUCGCGGCUACAUAAGAAUGUGUCUCCAUAAAACACCACCGUCAGAAAACUUUAGUAGAUACACGGUGGAGUUUCAAAAAGCGGCAAGGUCGCCGAUCAAGAAUAAUCUCAGUAUUGAAGAUCUGUCUUCCAUGCAAAUUGCCUCUGUCCAUAACACCCCCAACCAUAUCCGGAGCAGCAGCACCACCAAUCGCUAUGCGGAGUACCCCGAAGUACCCAAAAGAGCGGUUUUAGCUACUGUUAGGGCAAAUCAUACCAGAGGGCGCUGUAGAUCUGGACCAGUGCAUCAAGUACUCACAGACCCAAACUGUCCCGCCCAUCGGCACAAUCAUGAAAAUCCCCUGAGAAACUCGUCUAUCGUGGGAAUCUCGUCGGAUAUCGGUGAAUUGGAUGAAGUAGAUGAGAACGACCAAAGUGAGUGUAUCCAGCAUGACACGCCAUCCAGAAUCCCACUGAUCUGGAAACCCCCGGAUCAAAACGGACUUUUGCCUUCGAAAGAAACGAUAGCAGCAACUGUGAUCGAGCCUUCAGUGCCAAUGGUCCUGGUGGCAACCGUUUUCUUCGCUUAUAUUACUCUGGGAGCAGCAGGAUUUGCCACCUCGACUUCCUGGACCUUUUUGGACGCUAUUUACUUCUGUUUCCUCGCAAUUGCGACCAUCGGGGUCGGCGAUCGGCUACCAGUCAACUAUCAAAACAAUUUCGAAAGUGAAUUGUACUUGCUCGCGUAUUGCUUGUAUAUAUUCGUCGGUUUGGUGGUGCUCGCCAUGUGUUUUAAUUUGCUUCAAGAGGAAGUGACGAUAAGGUGUAGACAGUUGGCGAGUAACUUGGGGUUUGCCAAAUAGUUCGCGUGGGUUUUAAUAAAGAAUAUAUUUAUAAGA